AUGCAGCAGCCGCAAGGGCCAACAACUCCUUCCCCCCCGCCCGCACUUCCUGAUCUCGGACUCCUCUUCGACCUCACUCCCCUCCCCCUCCUCAUCAUAUCGCCGGCAUGGCGUAUCACAAGAGCCUCUUCCCGCUUCCUAACCGACUGGCACGUCUCUGCAGCUGACUGCAUCGGCCAGCAGCUGCUGUCCUUCAUUGAAUCGCAGCUCUUGCCCCCAAGGUUCGCCCACUAUGGCCGCCUCACAACCGCCAUCGACGACGCCAUAGCCUCCCGUGCGCCGCGCAUCAGCAAGCCCAUCAGCACAAAGCACACCGUGUCUUGGACUGCGCGCGUGGUUCCAGUCUUCAAUGGCGACGAGCUACUCUCCAUCUUUUUGGAAUGGACCGAGAGUCCUGCCUCUUCAUCUGAAGAAGACCUCGAGCUAGUCAAGCCCGGUGUUUCCACAGAUGAAGCAUUCCGAAUCCUCGUGCAGGCUGUCAAAGACUACGCCAUCUUCUUGCUCGAUACCAAGGGCCGCAUCGCCUCUUGGAACGACGGCGCCGAGCUGCUCAAGGGAUAUAAGCGGCAUGAGAUCAUAGGCAAACAUUUUUCCAUCUUUUAUGGUAAGGAGGAUCUUGAAAUUCGAAAGCCCGAGAUGGAACUUGAGAUUUGUAUGCGCGAAGGUCGGGUCGAGGAUGAGGGCUGGCGCUACAGGAGGGACGGCAGCCGUUUCUGGGCCAACGUCGUCAUCACAGCUGUUUACAAAGACGGCGUGCACGUUGGCUUUGGCAAAGUCACGAGAGACCUGACCGAACGCAAGUCGGCAGAAUCUCGCCUGAUUGCCGCCUAUGAGGAGAGCGAGAAGCUCAAAUCUGACUUUUUGGCCAACAUGAGCCACGAAAUACGCACGCCCAUGCACGGCAUGCUGUCGGCUUGCACCCUUCUCCUCGACACUCCCCUCUCCGAUAAACAACGCGACAUCGUCAACAUUAUGGACGAGUCCGGCCAGGUUUUACUACAGGUCAUCAAUGAUAUCCUCGACUAUUCCAAGCUGUCAUCUGGUACGUUUUCGAUCCAUUCCGACAUUGUGGGCAUAACGAGCAUCGUCACGUCCGUGGUUCGCAGCGUCCAGGCCACGCUGUCACCUUCUGUCGACUUCGAACUCUUCCUGGCGCCCGAUCUUCCCAGAUCUGUGCAGGGCGAUCCGCUGCGCUAUCGCCAGGUGCUGCACAACCUUGUUGGAAAUGCCGCCAAGUUCACCGCCAAAGGCAGCAUCCGGGUCAGGGCCUCGGUGCAGCGCGAAGACGAGACGAGCUACGUAGUCUUGACCGAGGUGACAGAUACAGGCAUCGGGAUCCCAGAGGCGGCCACGGCCUCGUUGUUCACCCCGUUUACCCAAUUUGAGGCGACGACCACCAGAGGUACAGGGUUAGGAUUGUCGAUAGCAAAGUCGCUCACCGAACUGAUGGGGGGUACGAUUGGCUACCGGCCCAACCCGGAGCGGCACGGCAGUGUGUUUUGGUUUACGACCCGCUUCGACAAGAUCAAAACAUUGGAGCAAAUGCAGAACUGGAAGAAGAAGCUUGUUGAGAGCGACGUGACAACGACGCCCAUCCAGGAGGACGAGAUCACCAACCUCCGCCGAGAACUUGGAUUGGUCGCAUCGAGAAAGAACCUCUUAGUGGUGGAGGAUAACGUCAUCAACCAGAAGGUCAUACUCGGCAUGCUGCGUUCGAUUGGGCUCAAAAACGUCGUCUUGGCGUCCAACGGCCUCGAUGCUGUCAAGAUUGUGCGAGGCAAACCGGCCGCCUACGACUUGGUGCUCAUGGACAUCAACAUGCCCGUUCUAGACGGCUAUGAGGCAGCCAAGCAGAUUCGAGAAGCUGGGGUUUACGUACCCAUUGUGGCCAUGACGGCCUACGCACUCAAGGGCGACAGGGAGCGGUGCUUGGAGCAUGGUAUGAACGACUACAUACCCAAGCCCGUCGACAAAAAUCGCCUCAUCAAGAUUCUGGGCAAGUGGCUUUUGAUCAUGACGGAUUACCGAAAGACCUUUGAGGAACGACUCGCCAACCUAAAGCGCCAGCAUGCCGCUUCGUUAAAAGAAACGCCCGAGAGCGACAAACCAGGGCUUCAUCCGCAUGUCCAGACGCCUGACCUUUCAGCCACGUCUGAACCAACACCCCAGCCGACACCCGACGACGAGGACCCAUUAUCGGCUGCGUCGGCCAUCAACGCCCAGCCCGAUACCACUGAAGAGGUUAAUGGCGUGCCGGCCGCGGACAUUGAUGAACCGAUUCAGAAUGACAGCGGCGCUGGUCUAGACGCAACGGUCUCUCAGGGGCCAUCUCCGUCGCAUGAACCUUUGGAAGACACCCCAAAAGCUAGCAACAGCGCCAGCCUAGAUGCAACAGGCCCACAGGUGCCAGGUCUGGAGCAGGAACCUCUGGAAGCGAUUCCAAAAGCUGACAGCGGCCCUAAACUAGACAUGAUGAGCACCCAGGGGCCAUUGCCAUCGGAAGAACCUGUGGAAGCCGUUACAAAAGCUGGCAGCGGCGCUAACCCAGACAUAAUGGGCUCCCAGGAGCCAUUGCCAUCGAAGGAGCCUCUUGAAGCCGUUGCACAGCUGGCGGCGAAGCCGGUUGAGGGAGAUACUCCGCCCUGGGCCUAA